AUGGGUGGACCUGGUACAGAGGGUUUCAGCUUCUUCCAGUAUAAACCCGUAAAGGGGCUAUCCGCAGUCUUUGCUGUUCUCUGGCUUGUUUCUGGUCUUCUGCAUCUAUGGCAGAACAAUAUGCGACACAAAACGUGGAGGAUGGGCCUGUUGCUCCCAUGGGUCUCGCUGGUCUUCGUCGUCGGCUAUAUCCUCCGUGAGAUAGCAGCUCAUGGCCUCUACGGGAAACUUGACCUUUUCAUCGCAACAUCAUGCUUUUUGUUUUGCGCCCCCCCUAUAUUCCUCGCAAUAAACUCCAUCGUUUUCGGUCGUGUAUUGUACUAUGUUCCCUGGCUAUCGCCGAUGCACCCAGGUCGCGUGAUAUCCACUUUCCUUGGAUGCGAUGCUAUCAUCGAAGGCCUUGCCGCCUCUGGCGCAUCCAUAGCCUCAAACCUCAAUCACACGCCAGCGACACUGAAAGUGGGUGACAUCCUAAUCAAGACUUCGAUCCUCGCCCAAAUCCCGAUCUUCGCCCUGUUCGGGGUCCUCGUCGCCUACUUCCACCGCCGCUUGCACAAAGCUGGCAUCCACGAACCGAAACUCCGGAAAGUUCUGAUAACCCUCUAUUUGUCGUGCGCGUUACUUACGGUUCGGAAUGUAUAUCGCGCUGUGGAGACCUUCGAAGGAUGGGGGUCGGUUGUGGGACGCACCGAGGCAUAUUUCUGGUGCUUGGAUGCAGUACCCAUCUUCAUCAACGCUGUUCUGAUGAACGUAUUCCCGCCUGCCAGCUGUCUCCCCCGGUCCAACGUGGUUUAUCUAGCCCGGGAUGGAAAAACAGAGCGCAUCGGCCCAGGCUGGGUCGAUGAUAGGAACUUUUUCCUGACCGUUUUUGACCCCUUUGAUAUUGGCGGAAUGGCAAAAGGAAAAGACAAGAAGACUGCGUUCUGGGAAGAUGACGGGAUCCCGUUGCCUGAUCAGACUGAAGCAUAUCGUCGUGUCGAAGCUUGA